AUGGCCGCCGUCACAAACCAGACCACGCAAGCAGGACAGGAUGAGGUUACGGAGCUUGCCAAACAAUAUGAUACCCCAAUGGGCCUUGCCCACUCAACGAUGCAGGCUCUGAAAGACCGCAUUAAGCUUCAUUAUGACCUGGCCAGCGACUAUUACCUGAACCUAUGGGGAGAGCAUAUCCAUCACGGCUACUGGGCCACAGAUGAGGCCAAGGCCAAGGACACCAAGGAAGUUGCUCAGGUCAACCUGAUCCGCCUUCUUCUCGAGAUCUCCAAGGUCUCAGAGGGCGCUCGUGUUCUCGAUACUGGCUGCGGCAUUGGUGGCACCUCGCGCUUCCUCGCCUCUGAGUUGGGAUGUACCGUAACGGGUAUCACCAUCUCUACCAAGCAAGUUGAGAUGGCCACCAGGUUGACCAAGACUGAAGCCGCCAAGCAGAUCCAGGGCGAUGACAAGACCGUCACCCCUGAUGCCGAUGGCUUCAUUGCGCUCGGAAAGGGCAAGGUUAGGUUCAUUGAGCUUGACGCGGAGAAGAUGGGCGAUUAUUUCGCUUCGGACGCCGGCACCUUUGAUGCUGUAUGGAUCAGUGAAGCUUUGAGCCACUUUCCCAACAAGGCUCUUUUCUUUCAGAACGCCUUCAAGGUCCUCAAGCAGGGCGGAAAGCUGGUUCUUGCCGACUGGUUCAAGGGCGAAGGUCUUGACCAAACCCAGUUCGAAAACGAUGUCAAGCCCAUUGAAGACGGCAUGCUGCUCCCGCCUCUGUGCACUCAGCCCGACUAUGUCAAGUUCGCUACAGAUGCUGGACUCAAGGUCUUCCACGAGCCUAAGGAUAUUAGCAAGGAUGUCAGUAAGACAUGGGACAUUUCUUGGUCGCUGGUCCAAAACCCUUCUUUAUGGGCAUUUGCCUUCAGCCAGGGCAGAGACGGCAUCGCCUUCUUGCAAGCCUUCCGUGCGAUGAGGAGAGGCUAUUCCAACGGCAGCUUCCGAUACGCCGUCAUGUCAUUCCAGAAGUAG